AUGCGAGCAUGGACCCGGAGGGCAUCGUAUAUCUCGAGGAGGUAUUUGUCAAGUGAAGUUGCCUUCAAGCAGGUCAGUGAUAUUGCCAAACAGCGAUCCUUUCCCCGGAAAUACAAUGAGCUAAAUCAUGUGGCUCCUACUGAAAUCGAUGAGAUCCUCGAUUCCUUGAAGCAUCAGGCCCCUAAAAAAGGGUUGAAAACAGAAAUAGCAGAGUUUAUCAACCCCCAGGAUCAACAUCUUACGAACUUACUUGCUAAAGUGGAGAAGAAUGAGUUUCCGGAAAAUUUACUAUCGGUGUUGGGCCACAAAUCAAAACAGGACUUUGCCCAGGAACUCAUUACCAAGAGUCUUUACCGCCGAUAUGUUGGUAGUAAGGUGUAUUCGUAUAAACCUCAGGAUACCACUAUCGACUUGUCAAACCCCGCCGAGUGGUUCCCUCAGGCACGUAAGAUGAAGCGAAAGAUCAUUAUGCACGUGGGUCCAACAAACUCGGGGAAAACUUAUAGAUCGCUUCAGAAAUUGGCUCAAGCUCAGCUGGGGUACUACGCUGGUCCGCUCCGGCUCUUAGCCCGAGAGAUCUUUGAGAAAUUCAAUAAUGAGAAUGUCCCCUGCAAUUUGAUUACUGGCGAAGAAGUGGUGCCUACUAUCGACAAGUAUGGUAAGACAAGUGAGAUAUCGCUGGGGACAAUUGAAAUGAUCCCUUUGAACAAGAAGAUGGAUGUCUGUGUUAUUGAUGAGAUCCAAAUGUUAGGAGACCCAAACCGGGGGGCUGCGUGGACAGCUGCAGUACUUGGGGUUCAGGCCAGUGAAAUCCACUUAUGUGGUGAGGAACUGGCAGUGCCAAUCAUCAAGCGCAUCUGUGAAGUCACUGGUGACGAGUUGGUAAUCAAAACGUUCGAACGGUUAGGUAAGCUUACUGUACAAUCAAACCUGUUGCGGUCGUACAGAGACCUCCAGCCAGGUGACUGUGUGAUUGCAUUCUCCAAACGGGCAAUCUUGGAGAUUAAACUCAAGAUUGAGAAGGAAACUCGGUUGAAAGUGGGGGUCAUUUAUGGCGCCUUACCUCCAGAAAUCCGGACUCAGGAAGCAUCCCGUUUCAAUCUGGGCAAGUAUGAUGUUUUGGUGGCCACCGACGCCGUUGGUAUGGGGCUCAACCUCCGUAUCAAACGGAUUGUGUUUUACUCGACUUCGAAGUUUGAUGGUAAAAACGUCAUCCCUUUAACCGUAUCGCAAACAAAACAGAUUGCUGGUAGAGCUGGUCGGUUUUCGAAAGAUAAAGGGGAGCUGGAAGGGUUUGUCACAGCCAUGAAUCGCCGUGACCUUCUUUUCAUCAAAAAGACGAUGAAGAAACCUAAUCAGGAUUUGGAACAGGCACGCGUGUGGCCGUCUAAUCAGAUAUGGAAGCAGUACAUGACGUAUUUCCCUCCUAAUACCCUGUUCUAUGAAGUACUUCUUAAGUUCAAGGAGGAAAUUGAGCCAACAUUGAACCAAGACUUUUGCGUGUCGGAAGUGGACCCUCGAAUUGCUGUGUUGGAGUUCUUUUUACGGCUGGACCUUUACAAACGAAUCACUGUCGAUGACCAGUUGACGCUUUCGUUGGCUCCCAUGCAAGCUCUGGGGAACAAAUCGGCGGAAGUGAUUCACACUUUCCUCACUGCCAUCGCCAACAAUACCCCGAAAAGCGUCUUCCAGUGUGACAUCGUUGACAAAAAGUUACUUUCCCGCUCAGCUCGGCCUCUGAUGCGUUUAGGAGACGCCAUGGGUACGUUGAGUGAGUUGGAGGAAAUGCACAAGUUGGUGUUGCUUUUCUUGUGGUUGAGUCAGAGAUGGCCAACUUUGUUCAUUGAUAAGGAGCUGGCUACCGACUUGAAGCUGUUGAUUGAAAAACGUAUUUCUCAAGAGUUGGACAUGACUCGCAAGCUUAAUAAGGCUCGUCGCCGGUAA